CCCUUGUGUUGUGCCCCUACGAAUUUAAGUUCCUAUUAGCCGCGAUGGAAGUUAUCGUGAAUCAUUUUGGUCACUGUUAUUACAAUUACAGCUUCGGUAACGAAUAACAUAGAAAUGUAUUUCAAGUCUGAUGGAUAUUUUUACAUUUUUGUUUUGGCGCCAUUUUAGCUGACAUGUAAAGUUUAGACAAAGAUUGAAAAUAAAAGUGAAGCUUAACGCUCACAAUACAGUUAAUUCAAAUUCGUUAAACCUGUUCAAAAUAUAGCGCGAGCGAUUGUAAAAAGGGAGUUGAGAACAAAGUAAAACGCGGACAAGAGAAAGGAGGCGGGAGAUGCAGAAUAUUUGAAAUUUGGGCGGUAUUCGAAGUUGAGGAAAAUAUCCAAUGAUCACGGGCAAAGGGUGGGCAAAGUCGAAAGCAGGCCAAUGAGGAAUCCGUAAAACCAUAUCCAAUCAGUUUGAGACUGAUACUUUAUAAGACGGUGCAAAAUACCUAUACCACAUUUUCUGACUGUUAACUGAAGAAUUAAAUCGAAAUGGCAAGAACUAAGCAGACCGCUCGUAAAUCCACUGGUGGCAAAGCCCCCAGAAAGCAGCUUGCUACCAAAGCUGCACGUAAAAGCGCCCCAGCUACUGGCGGCGUGAAGAAGCCUCACCGCUACAGGCCUGGUACUGUAGCCCUGAGAGAGAUUCGUCGCUAUCAGAAGUCCACUGAGCUGCUGAUUCGUAAGCUGCCCUUCCAGCGCCUGGUGAGAGAAAUCGCCCAGGAUUUCAAGACCGACCUUCGCUUCCAAAGCUCGGCCGUCAUGGCUUUGCAGGAGGCCAGCGAGGCAUAUCUGGUUGGUCUGUUCGAGGACACCAACCUGUGUGCCAUCCAUGCCAAGAGGGUGACCAUCAUGCCCAAAGACAUCCAGCUGGCUCGCCGUAUCCGUGGCGAGCGUGCUUAAAUGAUUUCCGCUUGACCAUUUCUCUUCUAGUAUAUAAAGGCUCUUUUAAGAGCCACUUCAGUGAUUCAGCGAAUUGCAAAUUUGUCCAUUUGCUUUAUCUUUUUGCUAUAAACUAAAUGAUAUAAGUGGGCCGUAUGGUAAACGGACCUGUAUCAACUAACUGGGAAUACAUCAAUAAAAGCUUCGU